AUGGGGGACUGGUCCAUUCUCGGCCGCUUCCUGACUGAGGUCCAGAACCAUUCCACCGUCAUCGGCAAAAUAUGGCUGACAAUGCUGCUCAUCUUCCGAAUCUUACUCGUGGCCUUGGUGGGAGAUGCUGUCUACAGUGACGAGCAGUCCAAGUUUACCUGUAACACCCUCCAGCCUGGAUGUAACAAUGUCUGCUAUGACACAUUUGCACCCGUGUCACACUUGCGCUUCUGGGUCUUUCAGAUUGUGCUCGUCUCUACUCCCUCAAUAUUCUACAUUGUCUAUGUUUUACAAAAAAUUACCAAAAAUGAGAAGUUAGAGGACAGAAAGCUUGACGUCGUACCUCGGUCACCACCUUUGUUUGAGAGAGACAAACACAUAGGAGCGGAUAAAGAGAGAGCUUUGGAAGCUGUCAGCCGUGACACAGUGUACAACAAUUUGGACUGGAGUUCACAAGAAGGUGAGAGUGAAGAAAAGACCCAAAUGGAAGAAGAGAUGAGAGAAGUAGGGAAGGAUCCAACCCAACUUUCAAGUCAAGUGCUGCUCAUUUACAUCAUACAUGUCCUACUGCGCUCCAUCAUGGAGAUCAUCUUCCUGAUUGGACAGUAUUAUCUGUUUGGAUUUGAAGUUCCACACUUGUUUCGCUGUGAGACCUACCCCUGUCCAAACAGAACUGACUGCUUUGUGUCUCGCGCGACGGAGAAGACCAUCUUUCUUAACUUCAUGUUCAGCGUCAGCCUGGGCUGCUUCAUCCUGAACAUUGUGGAGCUGCAUUAUCUUGGCUGGAUUUACAUUUUCAGAGUGCUGUUCUCUGCGUGCUGCACAUGCUGUGAUUCAGACAGAGACCCAGUGCAGCAAGUGGAGUUAUAUUCAGACAGCAACCCGCUGCUGCUCGAACUCAAACACUCUUUAAGUGGAACGGUUGUCCUGCAGACCACCUCUGCUGUAUCCAGGGACCGGAGUAGUGGUAUACCCAACCAGGCUCCAACCAUCUCCUUUGAAACAGACUCUACACUGGAGUGCACUUCGAAGAGAAAUCUGGAUGAAAAAGAACGCACCAAAACCAGAUUGCACAAUAUGGCUAAAAUGGGACGAGGCAAAAAGUCUUGGCUUUAA